GUUACCUAGUUAGGUAUUAAGUGCAUUCAAAUCGUCAUAAUAUCCAAACGGAAAUACAAUUUUCGCACCCCCUAUUAGCUAAGCUUGUGCUGGACACACAGUUCAUUAUCAUUCAAAGAAUUUUCACAAUGGGUGGAUUAACUGAUGUAAAAUUCUGCGACAACUUAAUUAAAGCAAUCCAAGCACGUUUAGAUGAAGCUCUUAAAAUAGGAACGGACACGUAUUUAAUUAAGUUUCAUAACAUGUUAUUAUUCCAAAGUAGUGAUAAUCAACUAUUAACAAGUGAAAGAUAUAUGGUGUUUAUUCAAUCGUUCUAUUAUGCAGCGAGUACCUAUUAUUUUUCUAAGAAAUGUGAAUUAGCACGUGACGUGAUCAGCUCUGGUUUGAAUCAUUAUAAGAAUAAUUAUUUAUUAUAUUUUGAUGAAAAUGAAGAAUACAAAAAGCAUGCAACAGUAUGGCAUAUACUAUUUCUAAAAUUAGAAAUAGAUAUAAUGAAAUGUCUAAAUAAGGAGAAUAUAAAUAUAGUAAAUAAAAUUAAUGAUUUAUUAAAAGCAGAAGAGGAAUUUAAUAAAUCUGGUUACGGAUCGUUCCCCAGUUCAGCAGUAUUAUUGUUUCGAAGAUAUUUUUUGGACUAUAGCAUUGAUGAAGAUGAAAAGAAUAAAUUUAAAAAAUGGUUAACGAAUGAUCAAUUAUGGUUGUCCAUAGACGACGAUCCUUUGUAUAAACGUUAUAUUUCUAUGUACAAGUUCUUAGUAUUUUAUCAUAAAAGCCAAAAUCACUAUGAAAAAGUAAGCUAUUUAUUUGAAGCGAUUAAACGGCCAGUCUUAUCCACAGAAGAUAGAUUAUUAAACUAUGAAGCAAUUAAAUUGAUAUCGGAAGAUAUUGUUAGAUUUUGCAUCGAUUCAACUGAAUUGACAGAACAUUUUGAAAAAUGUAGACUAUUCGAUGAAUACAAAAAAAAAAAUAUAAAUUUGACGUUAAAAAUAAUUCCCAAAUUACAUAUUCUACAUAAAUUACAAAAUACGCUAAAAGAAAAAUUUAUAGAAGACCUUCAUACAAAAUUAAUGAAGGAUAAUUAUACAAUUAACCAGGACGUAUUACAUUUAAUUAAGAAUGCAGCUAUAGAGAUCGACACAAAAUCAAACAAUUAUCAAACAAAUAUUGAAAAUGUUAAGCUUGCAAUCCGGUUACUUAAUAGUUACGUCGAAGAUAAAAAAAUAACCAUUAGUGAUACAAAAAAGUGUAAACAAAAAAAUUUGAAAAUAAUUAAUGAAAUGGCUAAUGAAAAACCUAAAGAAACUAUUGAGGAAAAUCUUGAAGAAACUGAUGAGAAAAAACCUGAAAAAAAAGAAUCCAUAGAAAUUAAUUAUGAUGAGGAAUCUACAACAAAAUGUUUAACGACUCAAAUAAUCAAUAACCUUUUUAUUGCCUAUAAAUGGUUAAUAGAACUGAAUGGAGUUCUUAGUAAUAAUUCAGAAUCUGAUGUAUAUCAAAAUGAUUUAUUAAAUGCUAUGACUGAGGCAGAUAAUUUAAUUAGAUCUUAUCCGGAUAACAAUUUUAAGAUAGAUGAACAUUUUAUUUAUCUUAAAGCUAAAAAACAGAUCAACAUUAAAAUUCCCCGUAACAAUUGGGAAGCCUCUAAUAGGCCUGGUGAUUGGAAAAUAUCAACCAACAUUUUAAAAAAAAUUCAAGUCAAGCUUACUUACGAUAAUGAAUUUAUAUCUGAUAAUCUAACGAGUUUAGGAUCAUAUAAUAACCUAAUCUUUCCGUACAUCAAUAAGAUAGAAUUGUAUACGUUAAUUUUUAGAUUUUAUUGGAAAUACUACCCAAAUGAUUAUGAUAAAAUGUACGAAUAUAUAAAAAUGGCUAUUAAUGAAAUAGUCAUUACACCUGAGGACCGCUUGAAAAAUUUAGAAGCGCAUGAACUAUUUACUGUGUUUUUGAUGGAGCGUAAUGCAGCUGCAAUUACAAAGGCGAAUACAACAAAUAAUAAAAUCGUAUGUAGCGAUUUUCUGAAGAGUCCUGACCAGCGUUAAAACGUAUAAUUAAGAAUUAUAUUGAUUCUAAAAAUGUAUCGAAUUAUUAAGAUAACGAUGAUUCAACAUGGGAAAAUUAAUAUUGCACUAUUAUUUAAUAUUAUAAUUAAAUUACAUUAUCUAUAAUAUAUUAUUGUAAUUAUUUUUAAA